GGAACAAGCUUCACCAUGUUCUCUAAGGUUCUCGUGUGCUGCCUUUUCGCUUUCGCGGCAUCUCAGGUGGUUGUUGAGCACCACGCACCCCAGCCAUACAGCUUCGGCUACGACAACGUCGACGAGUUCGGCACCCGCCUGACCCGCCAGGAGACCGGAGAUGUGAACAACAACAAGGUCGGCUCGUACGGCUACGUGGACGCUAGCGGCGUUGCCCGCACCGUUAACUACGUCGCCGACGCCUUUGGCUACCGCGCCACCGUUCAGACCAACGAGCCAGGCACCAAGACCUCCGAGCCAGCCGAUGCCCCCACCUUCUCUUCCUCUGUUGAGGUCCACGCCCCGACUGUUGUCAAGGCCGUCCACCCAGCCCCAGUAGCGGUCAGCGCCGUCCACCCUGCUCCAGUCGUGUACGGCCGUCAUGUCGCUCCAGUUGUCCAUGUCUAGGAUUGGAUUUUUACGACCUGCAUGAUAUGUUUGAUCUACGUGGCCGAAAGGCUGCGCAAUAUCAGCUGCUGAUAGAUAACAUAUAGAAGAGAAAUAAAGAUGUAUAGGUGACAAGA